CUUUCCCUCCACGCCGGGCUGGGUGGCGGGGGAGGGAGGCGGUUAGGGGGCUUUAGCGCCUUUUCUGGCGGCGGUAGAUUUGAAGCGCUUUAAAGGACCGGACCCCGGGAAGAGAGGGCUGCCGGAGCAGGUGGGCGGCGCGAAGCCCGAGUCGUUUCGGUGGCGACCUUUGCAGCCGUCCCGGGGAACGAGAGCGGGAAGAGCCCGAGGAGAGGGGCGGAGCCGCCGCGUUAGGCCCGGCGGAGUCAACCGUCUUCGCCUCGAGGCGUGAAAGGAUUGGAUUAGUCUGCCCUUGAUUUUUCUCUAUUUAAAGGUUGAAAUACUGAAGCCAUGGGAAUAAAGGUUCAGCGUCCUCGAUGUUUUUUUGACAUUGCCAUUAAUAAUCAACCUGCUGGAAGAGUUGUCUUUGAAUUAUUUUCUGAUGUGUGCCCCAAAACAUGCGAGAACUUUCGUUGUCUUUGUACAGGUGAAAAGGGGACAGGGAAAUCAACUCAGAAGCCUUUACAUUAUAAGAGUUGUCUUUUUCACAGAGUUGUCAAGGAUUUUAUGGUUCAAGGUGGUGACUUCAGUGAAGGAAAUGGACGAGGAGGGGAAUCUAUUUAUGGUGGAUUUUUUGAAGAUGAGAGUUUUGCUGUUAAACACAACAAAGAAUUUCUCUUGUCUAUGGCCAACAGAGGGAAGGAUACAAAUGGUUCACAGUUCUUCAUAACAACGAAGCCAACGCCUCAUUUAGAUGGGCAUCAUGUUGUUUUUGGGCAAGUGAUAUCUGGUCAAGAAGUUGUGAGAGAAAUAGAAAACCAGAAAACAGAUGCAGCUAGCAAACCAUUUGCUGAGGUGCGGAUACUCAGUUGUGGAGAGCUAAUUCCCAAAUCUAAAGCUAAGAAAGAAGAAAAGAAAAGACAUAAGUCAUCCUCCUCCUCCUCCUCUUCAUCCAGUGACUCAGAUAGCUCAAGUGAUUCUCAGUCCUCUUCUGAUUCUUCUGAUUCAGAAAGUGCUUCUGAAGAGAAAUCAAAAAAAAGAAAAAAGAAACAUAGGAAAAAUUCCCGAAAACACAAGAAAGAAAAGAAGAAGCGAAAGAAAAGCAAGAAAAGUGCAUCUAGUGAAAGUGAGACUGAAAAUCUUGAAGCACAACCCCAGUCUACUGUCCGUCCAGAAGAGAUCCCUCCUAUACCUGAAAAUAGAUUCCUAAUGAGAAAAAGUCCUCCUAAAGCUGAUGAAAAAGAGAGGAAAAACAGAGAAAGAGAGAGAGAGAGAGAGUGUAAUCCACCUAACUCCCAGCCUGCUUCAUAUCAGAGGCGACUUUUAGUUACUAGGUCUGGCAGGAAAAUUAAAGGAAGAGGACCAAGGCGUUACCGAACUCCUUCUAGAUCCAGAUCAAGGGAUCGUUUCAGACGUAGUGAGACUCCUCCACAUUGGAGGCAAGAGAUGCAGAGAGCACAAAGAAUGAGGGUAUCAAGUGGUGAAAGAUGGAUCAAAGGGGAUAAGAGUGAGUUAAACGAAAUAAAAGAAAAUCAAAGAAGCCCAGUUAGAAUAAAAGAGAAAAAAGUAAUUGAUCACAGGCAUGUGUCUGAGAGUCCAAACAGAAAAAAUGAAAAGGAAAAGAAAGUUAAAGAUCACAAAUCUAACAGCAAAGAGAGAGACAUCAGAAGAAAUUCAGAAAAAGAUGAGAAGUAUAAUAAAAACAAAGUGAAGAAAAGGGCCAAAUCUAAAAGUAGGAGUAAAAGCAAAGAGAAAUCAAAGAGUAAAGAAAGAGAUACAAAGCAUAAUAGACAUGAAGAAAAGAGGAUGAGGUCAAGGAGUAAAGAAAGAGAUCAUGAGAUUAUUAAAGAAAAAGAAAAGUCUGAUUCUAAAGGAAAAGAUCAGGAAAGGAGUAGAAGUAAAGAGAAGUCUAAACAGUUAGAAUCAAAGAGUAAUGAGCAUGAUCAUAAUAAAAGUAAGGAAAAAGAUAGACGUGCACAGUCUAGGAGUAGAGAGCGUGAUACAACUAAAGGCAAGCACAGUUACAACAGUAGAACAAGGGAACGGAGCAGAAGUAGGGACAGGAGCAGAAGAGUGCGAUCUAGAAGCCAUGACCGAGAUCGCAGCAGAAGCAAGGAUUACCAUAGAUACAGAGAACAGGAAUACAGGAGAAGAGGAAGGUCUCGAAGCCGAGAGAGAAGAGCAACACCAGGAAGAUCGAGAAGUAAAGAUAGGAGAAGGAGAAGGAGAGAUUCACGGAGCUCAGAGAGGGAAGAAAGUCAAAGUAGAAACAAGGAAAAAUACAGAAACCAAGAAAGUAAGAGUUCACACAGAAAAGAAAAUUCUGAGGGUGAGAAGAGAAUGUACUCUAAAAAUCGUGAUCAUAAUAGCUCAAAUAACAGGGAAAAAAAGGCUGAGAGAGAUCAAAGUCCAUUCUCAAAAAUAAAACAAAGUAGUCAGGACAAUGAAUUAAAGUUCUCCACAUUGAAAAAUAAGGAUGACGAGAAGACCAGAUCCUCAGUGGAAAAAGAAAACCAAAAAUCAAAGGGUCAAGAAAAUGACCACAUACAUGAUAAAAAUAAAAAAUUUGAUCAUGAAUCAAGCCCUGGAACAGAUGAAGACAAAAGUGGAUGAGUGAGUUGUGUAAACUUAUUUCCAUUCUGUCUCAAAUUUUAAGUUUUAGAGACUUGCUGAUGAAUCUCCUUUAUGUUGUUUUCCUCUUUUCAUUGUUUUUGGGUUUUAUGUUUGUCUUUUUUUUUUUUUUUUAUGUGGACUUCAUUGAGUUGAUCUUUUGAUAAUCUGCAACCUGGAUAAUUUGUACUGCUAAAGUUUUAAUAAACUUGAAAUGAGAAAAACA